UACCCUUGACAACAACGGUCAACGAUACAGUUAAAUAUUCUUCCAAAGACAGUGGAGUAAAGAUUUCACAAUGGCUGAAGCAAAUCCAGGCCAUGAAGACCUUCCCUUUUUCUCUCCCAUCUCUGCAACAAGAAACCCUUGAAGAAAUGGAACACGAACAAACCAAAGUUCCAAAAAGAAUAAGAACUCCUUCAUCCUCUCCACCUGCUCAAAGUGAGGAGCGUGAGGCAGAUCACAGAUAUCCUUACUCAAGAUGUAGUUCAACAGGUUCCAUCCACACACUUACUUCAUCAGCUAAUAAUACAGAUGUAAACGAUGAUGAAGAUUCAGACCGAGGAGGUCAAAUGAGCUAUAAAGAGCGGGCGCCGGGAAGCUCACACUCAGCUGAGCAGAAACGACGCAAUGCUAUCAAGGGAUAUGAUUCUUUGCAAGACUUAGUUCCUACAUGUCAAAAUUCAGAACAAGGUCAGGGGUGCAAGAUGUCCAAAGCCACUGUCUUGCAGAAAAGCAUUGAUUACAUUCAGUUUCUAAAAAAGGAGAAGAGUAAGCAAGAGGAAGAGGUGGCUGCACUGAAAAAGGAAGUUGUUGCCUUAACUAUCAUGAAACUGAACUAUGAACAGAUUGUCAGUGCACAUCAAAGUCAACCUGGCCAACACAGCAAACAAAUUUCAGAUGAUGUCAAAUUUCAAGUGUUCAGAGCUGUUAUGGACAGCCUUCAUCAGUCAUUUGAUCAGUGUGUUUCUACGAAGAACUUUGCUGAAAUUUCUGGAUCGGUGAUAUCAUGGGUUGAAGAGCAUUGCAAGCCACAGAUACUUCGUGAAAUCAUGGUGGGAGUUCUUCAGCAGUUGGCGAAUCAGGAACCAGCCUACUUAUCUUGAAAGUGCCAUUUUGUAUAUCAUAAUUUUAAAGUUGCAUUUCUGUAAUUACUUCAGUCAUUUGCCGAAGCUGAUAGUGGUAAGUUUUAUAAUGGUGAUGAUGAUACCCACAGGCUCAUCACCCAUUGAAUUAAGGUAAUUAACUAACUUCAGGUAUGCAUUUUGAAAGCAAAAAGAUUAGGGUAAAUAAAAUCUACAUCAGAUCCAUUAAGUUUUGUACUUUAUGGUGGCUUUCUCGUGUGUUAGAAUAAUUUUUUAUGUCACUGUUAGGAUGAAACCUAUUUAUAUCCAAGAGUUGAUAUUUUGUAUAUGUAAAAAUUGUUUUUCUUUUUGUGGUCAUAUCCAAUUAAAGUAAUUGCAGGAUGUAGGCCUAACACUUUUUAUUCAGUUUGUUUUUGGUAUUUCAUCAGCAUACAAGGGAAAGAAAAAAUAACAUGAAGAUAAUAGAUUUAAUCUACAUAAAGUGAUCUACACAUACAACCAACAUAUUAAAUAUUUUUCACUGUAAGAAGUUUCAAGUACCGACGUAGCGAUUGCCAACCACAAGUAGGUAGGCAAUGGGGGUUAAGAAGUUAUAUGAAUAUCAAAAGUAGAAAACACUUACUCAGCCACUUUUAGAAUUCUUACACAACAAAUAACAACAACAAGGAGUCGAGUUUAGAAUUAAAAUUGAAAAUAUCCACUAAAAACAUAGCAUUAACAGUAUUUUUAACACCACAUAAAAUUAUAUGAUUCAGUUACAUCUAUACAGUAAUUUUUAUACCAAAUUCAACUGAUAAAAUUCAAUCUAAUAAAACAGGGGUGACUUUUCACAAUAUGCUAAAAUAUUUUUAGACUGUUUGAAAGAUAUAUAUGCACCAUUGGCUGGCAAGGAUUUUCAACAAAAU